GGACUUUUUGGCUUGGGGCUCUUUGACAGGGUGGAUGUAGAGCGUACCUUUGUGGCACCUGCAGUGUCAGGGAUUGUGACAGCUGGUGUUUUGCUAGCAGCCUAUGCCCUGCUUGGCCCAAUCCUGGGCCUGGGUUUCAGUGUGAAGAGCUUUGACAAUAAGGCUGAUACAGGUUCAGAUCCUGUUGCUGCCAGGGAAGGCAGGUCUUUCAAAUCAGUUUUCAGGGACAGGUAUCCUGACUGGUACAAUGCCAUUUCUGAAUUUGCACCCAGAUACAUUGAUGCAGUGGAAGCAGCUGAAAGAAAGGACUCUUGCGAAAGACUCUUCACUUGCACUUAUGGACUCAGGGGACUCAUUGACCGGAUCCGCGGAAAAUUGCACACCAUUUUUGGCAAGAAAAACCGGAUCUAA